UCUGCGACACGCAUGCAACAGCCAUGCGCCAGCUGCAGCGUUGUUAUGGUCAUCGCUGUUAUAAGUUAGAUAUCAUCGUCUAGAAUUGACGGUAAGCUAUUAAAUUGUUUAAAAAAGUUGCGUAUUUGCAGAGUGACGGAGAAGCAGGGGCUGCAGCGGAGCAGCGUGACGAGUGGACCCGCUUCCUGUUUCUGUCAGACGGCUGUGAGUGUGACAGAACCCGGAGCUCUGCCAUGUAGCUGAGCCUGAAGAAUGAGCAGUCAGCACACUCCAACAGAUGGGACAGACGACUACACGGUCCAGCAGGAAAACGAACUCGAAGCCCUCGCGUCUAUCUUCGGAGAUGAUUUCCAGGAUCUGCGGAACAGGGAUCCGUGGAAGGUUAAAAGACCUCCAGAGGUUCACCUCUGCCUGCGGCCCAACGGGCUGAACACCGGGGAGGAAUGCUACGUGACUGUGGACCUGCAGGUCAAGUGCCCACCCACAUACCCAGAUGUGCCUCCAGAGCUGGAGCUGAAAAAUGCCAAAGGUCUCUCAAACGAAAACCUCCAGAACCUUCAGAAUGAGCUCACCAAGCUGGCAGCAGCACGAUGUGGAGAGGUGAUGAUUUUUGAGCUGGCAGACCACAUUCAGGGCUUCCUGAGCAAACACAACAAGCCUCCGCCGCGCUCCUUCCAUGAGGAGAUGCUGAAGAACCAGCGAAGGCAGCAGGAGAAACGCGACCAGGAGGAGCAGCAGAGGAUGGACCAGCAGCGCAGGCAGGAGGAGGAGAUGGAAAAAGAGAUCAUGGCUGAAAUCCAAAGAAGAGAGGAGGAGAAAAGAGAAGAAAAGCGUAGAAAGGAGAUAGCCAAACAGGAGCGACUGGAGAGUAUGGAGCAGCCAGUCUCUGCUAACUCCACGCUGUUAGGAAAGAGCCCACCCAGCCCAGGUGGACCUCCUCCUGAAUUGACUGAAACCAAGAAAGUGGUCGGUAACCGCCGUCGGACUACCUCCAGCUCACGCCACAGACGUGACACAGUCAAUGAAGAGAACCACCAUCGCUCACAGGAACUUCUUCAUUUCAACAGCAGCACUUUUGGAGAACUUGUUGUGCACAGAGGGAAGAGUUUAGGUGAAAGUGAGAGGCUUCGUCGGAGCGUUUAUUAUGGUUUUGAAGCGAACUCUGGAGACUUUGCAGUGAUUUAUGAGUGGUCGCUGCGCUGGAACAAGAAGAUGGGCAAGUUCUUCACAAGCCAGGAGAAAGGGAGGAUAGAGAACUGCAAAAAGCAGAUCCAUGCAGCUGAAAAUGAGUUUAACUCCCUCUUGAGGCUCGAUCAUCCAAACUUGGUACACUACACGGCUCUGUGCUCCACAGAGAAAGACGACUGCCUGGUGGUUAACAUGCUGGUGGAGCAUGUUGCUGGCACCAACCUGAACCAGAACCUUCUCACUCAGACCACGGUCCCUUUGGAUAAACUGAGCCAGUACACAGCCCAGCUGCUAGCCGUCCUCGACUACCUUCACUCUAACUCUGUGGUCCACAAACAGCUAGGGGCGUCCAGCGUGCUGCUGGACUCUGAGGGAAAUGUUCGACUGACGGAUUACAGUUUAUCAAAGAGGUUCUAUGAUAUCUGCAAAGAAGACAUUUUCGAGCAGGCACAUGUGCGGUUCUCAGAGGAGACGGCAAUGCCAACCAAAACAGGAAAGAAAGGGGAUAUAUGGAACCUGGGGCUGAUGCUGCUCGCUCUGAGUCAAGGGAGGGAAGUGAAGGAGUAUCCAGUCACGGUGCCCACCAGCCUGCCUGCUGAAUUCCAAGAUUUCCUCCAGAAGUGUGUGUGCCUGGUUGACGCUGAACGAUGGACAGCAAGUCAGCUUUUGGAACACUCCUUUCUGAAGCCCCCAUCGCCAAAAACCAUGCUUCAGUAUCAGGAGAACAGCCCAGAAGAUCUCGCUGUAGACUUUGCGUCUUCAGUCAUCCCAAGGAGCCACAUCCUAAAUGCUCCCUUCAGCUCCGGGGUGCAGAGGCAGUUUUCUCGCUAUUUCGAUGAGUUUGAGGAACUCCAGCUUCUUGGAAAAGGAGCCUUUGGUGCUGUAAUUAAGGUCCAGAACAAGCUAGAUGGUUGUUACUACGCUGUGAAACGAAUCCAGGUCAACCCCACCAGUAAACAGUUCAGAAGGAUUAAAGGAGAGGUAACGCUGCUCUCACGCCUCAAUCAUGAAAAUAUCGUCCGCUACUACAACGCGUGGAUUGAGCGGCAUGAGACGCCGUCUGGGGGAGACCUUAGCAACACUGACAGCUCUGAACCGUGGAGCCCCGACCACAAAUCUCCUCAACCUAAAGAGCGUCCAAAGCGGCUCAACGAGCUCGGCCUGCCUGACGACGUGGAGGACAUCGCCCCGCCUCCCGCCCUGUCCAGCUCAGUGGAAUGGUCCACGUCCAUUGAGAGAUCCUCCAGCGCCAAAUGUAGUGGACACCAGUCAAGCGAUGAGGAAGACGAUGAUGAGGAAGACGUGUUUGGAGCCUCGUUUUUGCCAUCAGACAGUGAUUCAAGGAGCGACAUCAUCUUUGAUAAUGGCGAUGAAAGCUUGGAUGAGAUGUCACAGAUUGAGCCAAGCAAAAGACAGACCACUGAAACAGAGACCACAGACUCAGAACGACAUCAGCUCAUCGCACAUUACCUGUACAUACAAAUGGAAUACUGUGAAAAAAGCACUUUAAGAGACACCAUAGAUAAAGGUCUGCACCAGGAUCAAAAUCGAUUAUGGAGACUUUUCAGAGAAAUACUGGAUGGACUUGCUUACAUCCACGAGCAGGGAAUGAUCCACAGGGACCUGAAGCCUGUCAACAUUUUCCUUGACUCUCAAGACCAUGUGAAGAUUGGAGACUUUGGUCUGGCUACGGACCAUCCUGCCAAUGUGGCUGCAGGUAAAUUUGAAGUGGAGGAAGGUGGCUCACUAGUGAUCACCAAACCAGACCCAACAGGUAACAUGACAGGCAUGGUUGGCACUGCUCUCUAUGUAAGUCCAGAGGUUCAAGGAAACACCAAAGCUACCUACAACCAAAAAGUUGACCUGUUCAGUUUGGGUAUCAUCCUGUUUGAGAUGUCCUACAGGCCCAUGACCACUGGGUCCGAGCGUAUCUCCGUACUGAGCCAGCUACGUGUGGAGCCCAUCAUCUUCCCUGAGGACUAUACUGCCUUUGAGCAAGGAACACAGAGAAAAGUGAUUGAGUGGCUGCUGAACCAUGACCCAGCACUGCGGCCCACCACCCAGGAGUUGCUGAAGAGUGAACUGCUGCCUCCGCUUCAGCUGGAGGAGUCAGAGCUGCAUGAGGUGCUGCAGCACACCAUGGCUAACAUUAACGGCAAGGCGUACCGCACCAUGGUGGGCCAGCUGUUCGCCCAGAACACAUCGCCAGUCAUGGAUUACACCUACGACAUCGACCUGCACAAGGGCAGCUUCAGCUUUAACGGCGCUAAAUUGCAGCAGUAUGUGCACGAAACAAUCACCAGGAUCUUCAAGAAGCAUGGUGCGGUGCGUCUGCAGACACCGCUGCUCCUCCCCAGGAACAGAAAGCUGUACGACGGCAGCGAGCUGGCCUGCUUCAUGGACCAUAGUGGAAUGCUGGUUACUCUGCCCUAUGACCUUCGCAUGGCAUUUGCAAGAUAUGUCGCUCGCAACAACUUAACUCAUCUGAAAAGGUACAGCAUUGAGCGUGUAUUCAGGCCAAGAAAACUGGAUCGAGCGCAUCCACGGGAGCUUGUGGAGUGUGCUUUUGACAUCAUCACCCCCGUCACUAACAGCCUCCUCCCUGACGCCGAGACGAUUUACACCAUCUCUGAAAUAGUCCAGGAAUUCCCUGCACUCCAGGAGAGGAACUACAACAUCUACCUGAACCACACCAGCUUGUUGAAGGCCAUCCUGCUCCACAGUGGAGUCCCUGAAGACAAACUGAGCCAGGCUUCCAACAUACUGUGUGACGCCAUGAGUGAAAAGCUGACCAAACGUGAGGUGGAGGCAAAGUUCUGCAACUUCUCACUGUCCACCAACAGCUUGCAGACAUUGUACAAGUACAUAGAGCAGAAGGGGGACUUGCAGGACUUGGCGCCACUGCUGACAUCACUUACCAAACAGAAGACUGCCUUCACCCAGCUGGCCAAGCAGGGCCUCAAGGACCUAGAGGAGAUCACCAUGCUGCUGCGGAGACUGGGAGUCAAACUGCAGGUGGUGGUGAAUUUGGGUUUGGUAUACAAGGUGCAGCAUCACUCCGGGGUCAUCUUUCAGUUUGUGGCUUUCAUCAGAAAACGUAAGAGAACUGUGCCAGAUAUCGUGGCUGCUGGAGGACGCUACGAUCACCUGAUCCUGGAGUUUCGAGGGCCAGCUUCCACAGUGCCAGUGCCCUCUGCAGUCGGAGCCAGCGUGGCCUUGGACAAAGUGUGUGCUGCCAUGGCCAGCAUGGAGGAGCCACCGUCAGUGAGUUCCUGUGAUGCGCUGGUGGUCCCUGUGGGGCAUUCAUCCAUGUCCAGAGCCAUCAAUGUGGUGCAGAAGUUGUGGAGUGCUGGCGUCUCGGCAGACAUUGCCUACGAUGUCUCACAGUCUCAGGAGACGCUGCUGGAUCACUGCAGGCUCGCUGGUAUCAGCUGCAUGGUCCUGGUUUCUGACAAGGAGGGAAACUAUAUGAAGGUCAAAUCCUUUGAGAAGGACAGACAGUCUGAAAAAAGGAUUCAAGAAUCAGACCUGCUGGACCACAUCAUUCAAAAAUGUAGGACCAAAUUCUUUGAGGACAGAAACAUCAGAGAAAUCUCUGAAAGCAUGUCUCUUCAGAACCCCAAAGGAUCUCUGCUCAACACCACAGGUUCUUCAGAGCAGCAUGGGAGCAGCAGUGCUAUGAACAUAAAUGUGAACGUCAUCAGCCCAGAAAAAGUUUCUGCCAGUGCUAGACGACGCUAUGAGACUCAGAUCACCACCAGAUUGCAGAAUCUGGGCAGCAAUUUGCAGAACAAGAGCAAUGACAUCGAGGUUCUGGCAGUGGACCUGCAGAAGGAAACGCUGAUCAACUUCCUGUCUCUUGAGUUUGACAGUGAGGAGCUUUUUAACAGCAGCGUGAAGACUCUGUUGUCUCGUCUACCAAAGCAGCGCUACCUGAAGUCAAUCUGUGAUGAGAUCCAUCAUUUCAAAAUUGCAAAAAGGAUGGCUGUGGUGGUCUUGUACAGCUACAAGGACGAGUACUACAAGAUCCUUCUCUGAAAACCACAGGGUUUACUCCGGCCGAGAAGAUGUGUUGCUUUGCCUCAAUUUGAAGGAGGCUUUCAGAGACUAUUUUCAUUCUUGGACCACAGGAAUAUGCUUGACAGAGUCAUACCUUUUCCAUUUGGAAAAGUUGAGCCGAAAAGACACAAUUGUAAUUUUUUAAACCAUGUUGAAUCUUUCCCAAAAUGUUCCAGUGUUUUGUAGACUUUCUCAAAGAUGCUUGAGAGGGAGGUUCACUGGACUUUAUUGCCUUAACAGAGUGGUACAUAUGAAAAAGAAAGGGCUUUUUAGUGAGGAAGAUAUGUCAUAAGUGCAACUAUUUUACAUUUCUACUUAGCAACAGUAUGAAUGGUAGAAAUAAAUCAGAUUUUUCCACUUGGA